AACAAGGUUGGACCAAUUUUUACCAGAUUGAGGAAGGCGCUCCAAAAAAGACUUUUCUCGGAGCGAGAAGACCAAGGAACUAGCUGAGUAGAGUAGACGGAGACAAAAUAGGAAACGGUAGCAAUUGUUCUCAAAAGACGAAAAUAUACUUGCAACCUCUUUGAAGAAAACACAUCACUUGGCGAUGAAAAGUUUGCAAGUGUUGUUCUGUCCCCUCAUCCUACUCUACAUAACCGCUGGAUUCAUUACUCCAUUCACCGCGGGCUCGUGCACUAGCGGCAAAUGUUUCGCCACUUUCCGUUUCGUCAUUGGAAAGGAUAUGGUGGAUGGCCACGCCCUACUUGGUCACGUAUUUGCAAAUGUCUCAGUGAUAGGAGUCAAGGGCUGUUACAGAGCAUGUCAAACAAACUGCCGUUGUAUCUCGUUCAACUUCAUGACACAUUCCUACCAGGAAAAUUGUCAACUAAAUGAAGAAAACCGACAUAUAAAGCCCAGUGCCUUGAGAGCGGUGGCUAGCUCUCAGUACUACGAUCUGGUAGUCCGCUACAACAUUGCGGGCAAUUCCGUAGCUUCAUCGUCUAGUUGUCCUCAGUGUUCAAACAGUUGUUGCAGAAAUCGGCAGUGUCUUAAUGGAGGAACAUGUCAGGAAAAUUGUCAGGAAAAUGGAAAACGAUUCAUCUGUGACUGUUCGGGAUUUAUUGGCCAAAUUUGUGAGCAGGAGUGUCAAGACGCCCUUGGCAUGGAGAACCGUGCAAUAACUGACGGACAAAUAAGCGCCUCUUCAAGAUGGAGUCACCGCCAUGACGCUUCUAACGCCAGACUUCACAAUCGAGCAAGCGCAGAUGGCGACGGGAUCUGGGAACCAGCAACAAAAAACACCAAUCAGUGGCUUCAGAUUGAUUUGGUCACGCAACACAGUGUGACACGUGUGGCAACACAAGGAAGAGACGAUCGUUCACAUUGGGUGACUAAAUAUCAAUUACAGUAUAGUAACGACGGGUCGACCUUCCAGUAUCACAGAGAACGAGGGAAACAUAUCAACAAGGAAUUUUCAGGAAACAGGGAUGCAAGCUCCGUGGUGUCAAAUUACUUGAUUCCACCAAUCACAGCGCGUUACAUUCGUUUCCGACCAUUGGCUUGGCACUGGCAGAUAGCCAUGAGAGUGGAGCUGUAUGGUUGUCAUGAUUGUAACCGCACCCUCGGUAUGGAAAGCCGGGCAAUCCUUGACGGACAAAUAAGUGCCUCGUCACAAUAUAGUAUAUACCACGGCGCUAUUUACGCCAGACUCCACAAUGAAGCAGUUCAAAAUGUACACAAUGAGGCCUGGGAACCAUCGACAACAGAUGCCAAUCAGUGGCUCCAGAUUGAUUUAGUUACGCAAUACGGCGUGACACGGGUGGCAACUCAAGGAAGAUACCAGCUUACUCAUUGGGUGACUAAGUAUAAUCUGCUCUACGGUAAUGAUGGGUCAACCCUCCAGUAUUACAGAGAAAGAGGACAAAAUAUAACGGAAUUUUCUGGAAACACAGAUGGUACAACUGUGGUGUCACAUGACCUUAUUCCACCAAUUGCAGCACGUUACAUUCGUUUCCAACCAUUGGCUUGGCACUGGCAUAUAGCCAUGAGAGUGGAGCUGUAUGGUUGUCGAGGUAUCUAAAGCAACAAGAGCGAACUGUCAAAAAAGGGAAAGAAAAUAAAGAUCUGUUUUUAAUAAUGCUGUCAAUCUUAUACAAUGGAUCUCAACUAUUCACGAGUGGUUCAUCAGACAGUUUGCGUUAGUUGAUAAAUGAACCAAGCAGGAAGACUAAUUUAAAGAACGAUGAAAGAUUGCUUGGUGAAGUUAUUACAUAAAAGGUAUCAAGAAUGAAUUUCCAAGCAGGAAAAGAAACUUAUGUCUCUCAUUAGGUACACUGUUGAUCUAACAUUGUCUAACACUUAAAAUCUCACUAUUCAACAACCGGUUCAUUGGUCAGCUUUUGUUCAUUGAGAUAUGAAGUACACAAGAAGAUUUAAAGAAAGAUGAAAUAUUUUCGAGGCAUGACUGAAAACAACUUGGCUCGAUUUUUGAAAGGAUGAAAGAUGCGCCAAAGUUACUCGAAGCAUGAGCGAGAGUAUCCGAUUGCCACUCGCCGCGCUCUUCAAAUUUACAAUGUUCCUCGAUCAGUCACAUCUCGAUGAUCAUACAGCUUACGAAAGAACCAAUCAACUCAGAACAGUUCAACACAAUAGAAAAAUAACGCACAAGAAAGAAACUAAGGAAUAUUUCAGAGCUUUUGGGGAAUCAGGUAGAUUCUAAUUUUAACGUGACACAACUUAAAUUCUCUAGUCCCCCUCAGGUGUUAGAUAAUGGUCGGCCCUAAGAACCAAUCGUCUUUUGACGGUACAACGCAGCAGUUUUAUGAGCCCAAGGAAAAAGCUAAAGGCUUUUCGAGAAAAGCCGCUACAGUUCACUUUCAGAUUAGCUGGUCAUAAUCUUUCAUGUCGUCGUCUAAUAAAUAGAUUAAUGCUAUGCUUUUAUUAUUGAUAUCCUUUCUGCCAAUUCCGAAUGACAACGCCGAAUUUUUCAGGUUGAAGAUAAUUACUGUUAUGAUAAGUGGGUUGUAAGUCACGUGAUCUCAUGGAUCACGUGCAGUGUGAAACUACGGAAUAAACAAG